AUGAGAGACAACGAACAAUCCACUGACUGGCAUUGCUACUACUCGAAGCCGGACGAAGUCGACCCAACAUCCGCUCGUCAAGCCGACCGGGAUCAGCCAAACGGAGGGACUGCGGCAGCCCAUGAGCCGGAGAUAUACGACAUUGAAGACUUGCCCACAAAUAUACAAGGAAAUUGUUCCGGUGAUCAAACGGUGAAGCCAUAUGCCAUCGAGGAACCGGAUGAAGAAGCACCGUCCGAGCCCAAGAGGCCAACUCCACCACGGCAGGGACGGCCCAAAUACUGGGAGGAUUUGAUUGACUCAAUGGAAGAAUUACACUGUGAAUCCGAUAAUAGCAAUCCAGGUGCAAUGUUUUCAAGGAGAGGUAGGAAGAGAAAGCCUACGAAUGCCCCGAGCCUCACUGGACUCGGCCAAUCUAGCGAGGAGUCUAGUCCAGCCUCGGAUGCGCAAUACGAACAGCUUACUUUGAGUCCAAAACGACCGCGGAAACAAAGUGAACGCCGCAAGGAUUCCCAGAGAAACAUAAAAACUGCUCGAAGGCGUGGAGUUGAUACACUUCGAGAGUCGAGUGGAUCGUCUAGUCCUUCUACCUCUACGGAUACAAGCGGCGCUAAUCAUACCAACGGAUCCCCUGCCUCGGACGCCAUGGACCUUGACUAA